AGCUCAACUGCAAUUGGCUGUAUUACAUGUAAACUCAGAUAUGAAGUUAUAUAUAUUGUUUAUUUCUGUGGCGGUAGUUGCAUGGAUCUGUCAAAUAUGGUACAACAAUUACACAAAAUGUUCGACUUCCUUAAUUUACAAAACGGUAUGUUUUAUUAUAAUAAAUAGUUUUAUUGAUGUUUAUUAAAGUACAGUGCUCAGACCAUAAUUAAAUUGUGUUAUGUUUCAGGUUUAAUCUUUAUCUUCAAUCUUAUUAGAAUUUCACAUUAAAUAGUAUCACCUAAUUUACAAUGUGAAUUACAAUUAAACAAUUAGUAAAAGUAUAUUUACAAGCAAAGUUUAAUACGAGCAAUUUUAAGAAGAAUUGUGAUGUUAUUCAUGUGGCUAGCCUGCGUUUAGUGCGGGCGGGAGAAGAGAGGGCGUCGUUUGAUAAGAGUUUUCAUUUCAUUGUGAUUUUGCAGUUUACAUUUUUGCAAGGCAAAUUAUGAUUUUAUUACCAGGGGUGGAGUGGCUGUCUGGAAGGGGGUGGGAAAGAGGGUGCUAUGCCAGUGUGGACCUGGCAGAUGGAUUGUAUAGAAUUAGUUGAGGGGGUGCACCCCUUCACUGGUAUUUACCAAGUGGGGGUUAGCACUGAUAUUCUCCUGGAGAUGUAUAGCCCGGGCCCUGGAAAAUCACCCCAUAAAAUGAGGGCUGAUAAAAAGUCUGCUAUGAAAUUGCCAGUUACCCUGACCUAACCCCCACUUCCAUCUUCACACAUUGAUUGUGUGAACAUGGAUCCACCCUGAGGGCCGUAGCCACCGUACCACAGUAUUUUUUCACCAGGGGCAGUAUGUAAUACUGUACCUUUAUGCUGAAAUAAAUACCCAAAUGUCAAUGCAUUCAAGGCCAUUUUAGUUGCAUACAGUACAUGCUUAUGGCUGCCCCAUGCAGAAUCAUACAUUCUGAUUAACAGGAUUAUAAUAUUGCCAUUUAGCUUUAAAACAAUUUAUAAUAACAUAUUAUAAUAUUAGUAAGUUAAAUUUUCUCAGAGUUAACAAUCGUCUUUCUAACGCCAGAUGAUUUUACUCAGAACUUUAGGGACACCGCUGGCAGGGGCGAAACUUCAGUAUUUCGGCUGGGUGUGAGCUUGGUUUACCCGAACAAAAGGGUGUGACCAAAGUUGUUCCCAACGGACAAACAUUUCAGUUGCUAAUUAAUAAAUUCUUUUCCCAAAAUUGUUAGCAAGUGGGAGGAGAAGGAUGUAAAAAAUAUACCGGACAUAGCAUUUUUCACUAACUUUCUAAAUAAUUUAGUAAUUUAUAAAAUUGUUCAGUAAUAUUUUCCUAAAUUUAUCGAAAUUUUUCCUACAACUGCUAUUUUUCAAUCCGAGGCACUAAAUAUUUUCAAAAUUUGCCAGACGAAAUUGUAUGGAUAUGCCUGACUAGAUAGAGACGGGGGGAGGUCACCCCCCGCCCCCCCAGUAGUCAGUGGCGUAGCUAGCGGUCCCGCCGGGCGGGACUAACAAUUUCCAAAAAAAUGUGUAAUUAAAUGUUUUAUAGUGAAGCCAAAAUCACAGCUUUGCUUAUUCUGAAAAUUUAAAUAUUAAUUAUGGUCAUUUUCAGUGCUUUCAUUUGUCAUUUAUUUAAAGUUUACGCAAUAUUGCUGUCUGCUCUUUGACCUCUUUGUUGUCUAAAGAGUAACUGAUACCCUGCAGAAUUAGCUAAUUUCCACGCAAUUUAUUGCUUACUCACGCUAUUCGUGAAUCGCAUGUCUCGUGUUCCGCUGAUUUUCAUGUGGCGGGAUAUGCAAUACUAUCUUAUACAAGAAAUUCUGGUUUCUGGUUGGAUAAUUGGCGCAGCGCAUGCCCAGAACGGUUGUUUUUAAUGUCGAAGUCCCGCUAUUUUAUGAAGGCGGAGGUUGUUAAUAUUCAUGCUGACGAAGCUUUCUGCGCGAGUAUUCACAACUGAGACGGUGGUAGGUCAUCAUAUUACUAUUCAUAUCAUAUUUGAUAUUGCUUUUGUGAUUUGUAUACAAUGGCUUCAACGAGCGUGACGAACUUUAUGGAAAGCCACAGCGGAAUUUCAUUUCAUUCGUUGCUUUUAGCAUUAUAUAUGUGGUGCUUUUAUCGUUAUACGAGGUGCUCUUUACAUUACUGUAUACGCCGUGCUUCGAGUUCGAGCAUUAUACGCGAUGAUUUUGACAUAUAUGGGCUACACGCAACAUUGUACGAGGUGAUUUUAACAUUAUACGCGGUGCUUGAGACAUAAUAAUUAUACGCGGUCGGUAUAACGUUAUACGAAGUACCUUCAGCAUUGUACGCAGUGGUUUUAUCAUUAUCGCAUUGCUGCAACUACUUGCUGUGGUUUCAACAUCAUACGCGGUGCUUGAGACAUUAUACGAAAUGCAGUGAUUAAUUAUUCGUUGUGCUGCAGACUCAGUGCAGAGGGCAAUAUUUUUGCCUAGCACAGCACUUCUCUGAGCUCACACAGAUCUUCUCUCGGCCAUAUGGCAUUUUUUGUAUUUUACGAAGGGAAAAUACUUGUGUUAGAGGUGUAUAGAAACUUUGCUUAGUGGCAUCCUUCCACCCUCGAAAUCGCAGGAAAUGCCAUUUCCGAGGUUCUAGAUUUCAAAUUUUCUCGGGGAGGCAUGCCCCCGAACCCCUCUAGGAAGGUCGCACCUGCGGUGCGAGGGGUCCGCCUUCGGCGGGACGAUUUUUCUCAGCCAGCUACGCCACUGCCAGUAGUUUCGCCCCUGAUCUGACUGGAGCCCAAUCAGUUAAAAGCUACAUCCCAAUUAAUGCACUUGAGGGUCAUCUGCUAUUGAGAUGAUUUUACUUGUGAAGGGGAGAGUCUUAAUUGCACUUUUUAAAGUGAAAAAAAUGGUUGAUUAACAUAUUGCUCAUUUUAGUGUGAAGAAUAUAAGAAGAGUCCACUAAACAACAGCUUCUGUCAUUCAAUUUGCAUAGAAAAUGAUUUCACAAUUGAAGAAUGUAUAUCGAGUACUACAUUUAACAAAAGUGUUUUUGCUGUAAAAAUCAAUGAUCACAACACUAUACUUAAAGUCAAUAUGCAAUGGUUCAACCAUGUUAAAAAUUAUUUAGCCAUGAAGCCCUUAGCAAUAUUCAAUGCGACUGCAUUCUUCAGAGAUAUUGUAUCAAACUAUUUUGGAAACAAUUGUUCAGAGUGCAAAGGGCUGGUACAAAAGCUCAUUAUCAUGGCAGACUCGGAUAAGAAUGGCAACACCAGCCAGACAGAAGCUAUAUGGUUUGGAAGCUUACUUUUAACCCAAGAAACUUUCAUGUUAGCAGCUAUGAACGAGUCCAGAUCAACUGUUAAUUUAAAUGGUUAUUGUGGAGCACUUUAUGCAGUUGAAAAAGUACACAUUUCUAGUUCGUAUCUAGUGGAUACCUCCAAAGCUUUCACAGAUUUCUGGGGGCUGCCUGAAUUUGCCGAACCAAUUGAGUCGUUUUUUAAGGACAUUUUAGGUGAAUUGAGGAACAACUAUACAUGGUUUGAAACGCUACAUGAAUACAUCUAUAUAUUUAUUAAGAGAUUAAGACAGGAUAAAGUACCAUCGCUUCAACAGAGAAUACAGUUUAUAUUAGGUAAGUUGUUUGGCUUGCAAAAAUAUAGUGGUAUAGUUUCAAUUAGCCUUUCUCACGAAGGCCAAAUUCGCCAUUUUUGGGGUACUUUUUGAAAACGACGUGAAAAAUCUAAGCGAUAUGAAAACAUUUUUUUUUCAAAUAUUUAACUUACUCACAAAUCUCUUAUUCACUGCAUACAACCUCAGAUUUGGGCAAUACCCCCAAAAAUGGCGGUGUGAGAAAGGCUACUUGCUAAUUUAUUACAUGAAAUUUUCGAACUGUUUAAAUUUUACAGAAAAGCAUAGAACAUCAGCAUUCAGCAAUACAUAUUUUCACUUUGAUCUAUCAUUUAACCUUUCCAGAGGCGUAGGAGGAACGGUGGGUCUGUACCCCCCCCCCCCACUUUUCUUCAAGACCAAUUAUGUAAUUGUUUCAAAACUAAGGAUAACGGGGGGGGGCUGAUCGUACCUCGCUCUCGUUUUGGGCUGGCUACGCUCCUGAACCUUGCUCAAGUGGAGGUGCAAAUCAACUCUGGAGAGAUGCGCACCUUCCUGCACCCCCGUCAAAAUCCUGCCAUGUUUUUUUAUGGGCACCCAUUCAAGGUUUUCUGAUAUUUGGGUGGAACGAAGCUCAUAACGCACUUCGUGCUCUGUUUGUUCCUGUAGGUUCGCUAGAAAUGCUUUCCAGUUUGGUCUCGUUCCAAUACGGCGAAGUUAUGUGGUGCGAUAUUUUAUACGAAAACAUUGGCUUUACUAACACUGAAAAAUUCUCCUCAGUCAAGCUUACAGAUCUAGAUGAAGUUUUCUCUGUGCGAAAAGUUUUUCAAAAUGUGAGCAAAAACGACAACAAAAAGUGCGCCACAAAUACAGACUGUUUGGGCGAAAAUUAUGAUGUUGGCCUAUACUACCAACACGCAUGCUCCCCAUACUGUCAGAAUACUAGCCUCUGCAGCCAUAGGCCGCAAAAGUCUAAUCUGGGUUAUCUAUGCGACACUUUGUUUUUUGAUGUAAUAUUUAACCCUGUGGUAAUGGCACUGUCAGAGCAAGUGAUGUCUAACCGUAUUGGAUCGACGAUUUAUUGGAUAUUAAACGACUGCGCUAAGUCUGUGGAGUGGAAAACUAUUGGCGAAUAUUUGGCGAGCAUUGGUACAGUACACGCAAAGUUUAGAAAUGUGACAAUUAUGCUAGAUAUGGAUAAAAAUUAAAUACUUUUUGCACCAUGAAGAUUAUAAAAGAAUAGAGCGGGCAUUGCAGGAGAAGUUCAGGCAAAUCCUCAGGGUUUGAGAUUGGAAAAAUUGAAGCUUCAAUCAGUGACAAAACCCUUUGGACAAAAUAGCAAAAGAGCGUACGCGUUUACAACAACUUGCCAGCGACCCAACAUUGUUUAGGGUGGGGGAGGGAGGGAUAGUGUUACUAUGCUAACAGUAUUUGGAAAUGCGCAGAUAUAGAUAUAUCACGUCCAAAAACCUUUUAUCACUGAUUGUUGCUAAGGUAUCCCACCAGUAUCCGUCGGAGCACCUAUAGUUAGCAGGCUUUUUCUGACACGGCCACAAAAUUGAAUAUAGCGCCUGAGUGGAAGAAAUAUAUUAUUGUCACUACCGUUGUUUCUUCUUUAUUCUUCGAAAUAUUUUCAUUGUUAUAAAUACAAGAGAUGACAGGACUAACACCAGGUAUCUUAUUUUUAUCCGAAAAAAGAUUUUGACACAGAUAAGAAUUUUUCUCAGUCAUGGUGGUUGAUAUUAUAAUUAGAACAGUACUUUAAAUUUAAUUUAUAGUACAUAUUGUUCAAGUACUGAUAUUGCGUUCUGUACUUUUUAAUACUCAAGUUGGGAUGUCAUUAGUUGAAAUACCUAGUUCGUUUGCUUUAAAUGAUCCAUUAUUGAAAAUAUUGCUCAUACAUGUACGUACAAAAUCGCUAUACACUUGUUUCUAUCUGGCAGGCGCUGCGUUAGGGGGCUUGCUUUUCUGGCAGGCGCUGCGUUAGAGGGGGAGUAGUCAGUCGGCAAGUUGUUUUCCCAGUCAGCAAAAAACGUGAAUUUGGAUAGCAAGUAGCCAAAAUAAAAUAUUUGAAUUCAACCGUAGUUAUACAGUUAUAUAUUAUUAUAAUCAGUUAAUACUAUUAGGACUAGUUAAGUUACAAUAUGG